GGAGCAGUCCGUCACAGUGUGACUGCCCUGGAUAAAAAAAAUUAUCUUCCAAGACUAACAAACUUAUCAGAUGUGACAAUGGACACGACAAUCCGUGGUAUUCAAGGUAGUGCUAUGUCUGUACCUCCACCAUCCUAUAUUAAAGAAGUGCCAUCGUUUACGCCUCAUGAACAUUUUGAAGAACGGAGAAAGAGCUCGUCAAAAUCAACACAGUCAGAGGCCACAAAUAGAUCUCCAGACCUCAGCCUAAAGAAAGAUCUGAAAGAGGCUUUAGGUAGAGAGAAAGAAUUGAAAAAUAGAAUAGAAGAAUUAUUAAAGAUAAUUGAAGAAUUAAAAAAAGAAAUAAGACUAAAAGAAGAAAAUAUUUCAUCAUUAGAAAAUGAUCUUAUAAAGAAGGAAGCUGACUUUAAAAAUCAAUUAUCUGUAGAACUUGGUCAACAUGAAAAUACCAAACAAAAAUUACUCGACUCAUCCGAAUUGGUAGAAAAACUUCGACUUGAGAUUACUUCAUUAAAAAUGGAAAGUGACAGAAAAUUUGAAAAAUUAAAAAAAGAGCAUGAAGAAAAAUUGGCAGCUAUAAAUAUUCAAAAAAAUCAGGAAAUCAAAGCAAGAGAUGAAAAAUUGGCCAAAAUAAAACAGCAUAUGGCUGAUGCAUUACAAGGUAAUUCAUGGGAAAGACAACAACAGUUAGAAGAGUUAACUAAAGAAUUGGCUAAGAUACAAGAUGAAGCUGAUAUGUUGCGUUCUAAAAUUAAAUCUUUAUCUAAACCCAAACAGGCAAGCUGUAGUCAUUGUGAAGAAACCAAUAAUAAAUUAAAGAAGGCGUUACAUGCUUUAAAAGAAAAAGAUCAGGCAAUCAAAGAUUUAGAGUCUUUAGUGGUUAAAUUUGAAACACAGCUAUCUCAACAGGAUCAGUUACUAAAGAUGUUUGCGGAGGAUAAAGCCCUCAAAUAUGAUGGAAAGUUUCAAAAAUGACUGCUGCUUGCUUUGUUGCAAAACUUUGUGACUUUCAACUGUAUUAAUGUAAUUGCCAAAAAUGAUUGGUGUUAAAUUUACUAGAAGUACCAUACUACUUACUAAGGAGGAGACAUGAUGACUUUUCUGGAAACACCAGAUACCACUCUGUGACUGUGGUUAUCAAAAUGAAUGACCAUAAUUGUUAAAGAAUU